AUGGCUGUGUUCCUCACCGCGGCUCUCCUGACCGUGGCGUGCCGCGCCGUGCCCUUCGACAUGAGCCAGUCCACUCGCUGCGUCACCAUCCCCCAGCAGAUGAAAGUCUGCAAGGAUGUGGGAUACUCCGAGAUGCGGCUGCCCAACUUCUUGGGCCACAGCAACCUGGAGGCCGAGGUGGUGCCGCGGUCAGAGGACUGGAGGCCUCUGCUGCAGACCGGCUGCCACCCUGAAGCCCAGGCCUUCCUCUGCUCCAUCAUCGCGCCCGUCUGCCUCGACACAUUUAUUCAACCGUGCCGGAGUCUGUGUGUGGCAGUGAGGGACAGCUGUGCCCCGGUGCUCGCCUGCCAGGGUCACUCGUGGCCCGAGGCGCUUGAUUGUGACCGCUUUCCUGCCGAGCAAGACAUCUGCCUUUCUCACCACACAAAGUUCAACCACUUUACCAAAGACAUUCCCAAACCCGCUUGCCAAAACUGCCCCUCUGUGGAAGAGGCUCCUGCAACUAAAAGAGUCCUGGAGAGUUUUUGCCAGCAUGACUUUGCCGUGACUGCCAGGUUUCAUCGGCGCCGCCUCCCCAUGGGCGAGCCGGAGUACGGCAUCGAGGGCCGGGUCGAGUUCGUCCGCCAGGGCCCUCUGCUGCCGUACGACACGCGCCACCUCCUCCGGCAGUGGCUGCUCAUCAACCUCCGCUGCGCCGCGGCGCUGGUCCGCCCCGGCCGCUCGCAGCUCUACGUGCUGACCGGCUCCGUGCAGCCCGACGGCACCCUCGCCCUCACCCUCCUCUUCCCGUGGCAAAAAAAGGACGCCGGCAUCGCGGCGGCCAUUCGCAAGUGGAAGCACCACAGAUGUUGA